ACGGUCAGCUUAAUCUUGAUGAGUCGCCGUCAUGGGGUUCUCGAAGCGUAGACUGUUUUGAAAAACUUGAACAAAUUGGUGAAGGAACAUACGGGUGAAAAUUCUCUUGCCCUAAAUAACAACAUUAUCGUGUUUUCGUAUUCGAUCCUUUUUCUGUCACUGAAAUAAUGCAUCGUUUGUAUAUUUGGGCGCGUUAUUUUGUUUAUAUAGGGUUUCGGUUUACCGAUUGUGUGUAUUUAUUUCUCUAAUUGAAGUAUUUACUGCUUAGUUUUACUCGAUAAUUGUUAUAUGUAUACUCCCUUGUUCAGGGAAAAGAAUACAGGUAAUGAACUCGUUAAUCUGCACUUGAUCAUUGAUGUGAAUUUUCAACUUCCCCAGAAAAAAAAAAGUUUGCCAAGUACAUCAACUAGAUCGCACACAUAAAGAGCAGAAUAAUGUUGUCAAGUGUACAUGGCCAGAGAAUUAAAAACUGGGGAAAUUGUUGCUCUAAAGAAGAUACGGAUGGACAAUGAAAAAGAAGGGUUUCCUAUAACUGCCAUCCGUGAAAUUAAAAUUUUAAAGAAGCUGCAGCAUGAAAAUGUUAUCAAGCUAAAAGAGAUAGUGACCUCUCCAGGUCCAGAGAUGGAUGAACAUGGGAAGUCAGGUGGGCACAAGUACAAGGGCAGUAUUUACAUGGUUUUUGAAUACAUGGACCAUGACUUAACUGGCCUUGCAGAUCGUCCUGGACUGAGAUUUACCAUUCCCCAAAUCAAGUGUUAUAUGAAACAACUACUGACAGGGCUUCACUAUUGUCACGUCAAUCAAGUACUCCAUAGGGAUAUAAAAGGUUCUAAUCUUCUAAUUGAUAACGAGGGAAAUCUAAAGCUUGCUGAUUUUGGGUUAGCACGGUCAUACUCCUCAGACCAUAAGGGAAAUCUCACAAAUCGUGUUAUUACUUUGUGGUAUAGGCCCCCAGAACUGUUGCUUGGAGCUACAAAAUAUGGUCCAUCUGUUGACAUGUGGUCAGUUGGUUGCAUCUUUGCUGAACUUCUGCAUGGCAAACCAAUCUUAACCGGUAAAAAUGAGCCUGAGCAGUUGAACAAGAUAUUUGAGCUUUGUGGAUCUCCUGACGAGAUCAACUGGCCUGGAGUUUCCAGAAUCCCUUGGUACAACAAGUUCAAACCAAGUAGGCAGAUGAAGAGGCGAGUCAGAGAGGUUUUCAGACACUUUGACCGUAAUGCUCUUGAGUUAUUGGAGAAGAUGUUGACUCUUGAUCCAUCGCAGAGGAUAUCCGCAAAGGAUGCACUGGAUGCUGAAUAUUUCUGGACUGACCCGUUGCCUUGUGACCCAAAAAGUUUGCCAAAGUACGAGUCCUCACAUGAGUUCCAAACAAAAAAGAAACGACAACAACAACGCCAGAAUGAAGAAAUGGCUAAAAGGCAGAAACUACAACAUCCGCAGCAGCAUGCACGCUUGCCGCCUGUGCAGCAAUCUGGGCAAGCCCAAGCUCAUUCUCAGCACUGGGCUGGACAUAAUAACCAUCCGAUGGGCAACACAGGUCAAGCUUCCUUGACCACAGGGGGACCUAGCCAUCAUCAGUACGGAAAGCCUCGCGGACCUCCUGGUGGGCCCAACCGUUACCCUCCAGGUGGGAAUCCUAGCGUGGGUGGAUAUUAUCCAGAUCGAGCAGGGGGUCAAGGUGGUGUCGGUUUUAGUGGCGGACCGUAUCCUCCACAGCCUCGUGCAGCAUCUGCUAGUGGGCCUAGAGGAGCUUCUGGCAGUUACGGUGUGGGCCCACCAAACUAUUCACAGAACGUUCAGUAUGGCGGUGGUUCUGGCGCAGCGGCUAGAGGUCCGAAUGUGGCGGGUAACCGUAACCAGCCAUACAGUUGGCAGCAGCAAUAGUAUUUGGGAGGUGAAUAGAGAGAGAGAAGAGGAAGAGUUUUGGAAGUGUUGACUGCAGUUUGGAUCUAAAUUAUAUGCAGCUUCUUGAGGGAAUGAAUGAAUAUGUAUAGUUGUUACUUCUGAACUUCUCAAAAAUUGUUGUAAGAUGCAAUGGUUCUUAUGUUUCUACAAUGUGAGGUUUUAGAUGGAUCCCAUCUAUUUUUUUUGUCU